AUGGUGAACUACAUGCUAAUGAUAACCGCCGAUCUCGAGAACAUCGCCAGCCUCCAGCCUCAGGGCGGCUGCGAUGAUCCUUCUUUUUCCUACCUGUUCAAGUUGAAAUGUGGAAGGUGUGGAGAAGUCAGCCAGAAAGAAACAUGUGUAAGCUUGAAUGACACUGUUCCUCUUCCAACAGGCAGGGGAACUGCUAAUCUUGUUCAGAAGUGCAAGUUCUGUGGGAGGGAUGGAACUAUACUGAUGGUACCAGGUAAAGGCAAACCUCUAACUCCAGAAAUCAGUGAGAAAGGGGAAUAUGCCCCAUUGAUGAUGUUUGAUUGUAGAGGUUACGAGCCUGAGGGUUUUGUAUUUGGUGAUGGUUGGAAAGCUGAAUCUACUGCAGGGACUAAGUUUGAAAACAUUGAUUUGUCUGGAGGUGAAUUUGCUGAAUAUGAUGAGAAAGGGGAGUGCCCAGUAAUGAUAUCCAACCUUUCUUCUAAAUUUGAAGUUGCCAAGUAG